UCUCGCGAGAUCGCCUCCAGUUGCUGCCGCCGCUGCUCCGGGCCGCUGACUGGCGGCGUCUGCGCAGCCGUCAUGUUCGGUUGCUAUGCUGUGGCCUGGGAGACGGGGUGUGCUUGAGGCAGGAGGAGGAGACGGAGGAGGAGAAGGAAGAGGAGGAGGGGAAGGGGGCGGGGGCUCGAGCGCCUCUUGCACUCUCACACACAAACGCUGCCCGGGAUUACCCGCCCGCUCACGCCGCGCUGCGCGCUUUUCCGCUCCUCGCGGCCCCCCCACAUUGUUCUCUCAGGACUCCUGGGUUCCUAGGGGCUAAAUUCGGGGCCUGAGCCGGGGAGGAGAGAGACUUGGCUUUGGCUGAAGGGUCGGAGUUUGGGGGCCAGGCCCCCAGUCCCGGGGCUCCCCUCCCCCACGGCACUUUUGGGGUGUGUGGAUUAUCUCAUUCCCGCAGGGAGGUGGGAGCGCGGGCGAGUCACCCGCCUCCUUCGCGUCGCCCCGCGGCAGCUCCGCAGUAUGAGGUGGUGCUGGCGUCUCCCGGCCGUGGCGCGGCCGCUGCGGCGGCGGCUGCUGGGGGGUCGCUGAGGGAGUCCCCGGGAGUGGCGCGGCGGCCGCGCUUCUCCCCGGCGCGCCCGGGCCUGGAGGCUUUUCUUCAGCCGAGAGGACGCGGCAGUGAUACGAAGGUCAGCAACAGUUGACUGGAGGACAUACAAAGACAUUUGGAAAAUGCUGCCUGUACGUCAGUGAAUCAACGUGCAGACCUUGUGUGGACAGUAAUGACCUCACGUUUCCGAUUGCCUGCUGGCAGAACCUACAAUGUACGAGCAUCAGAGUUGGCCCGAGACAGACAGCAUACAGAGGUGGUUUGCAACAUCCUUCUUCUGGAUAACACUGUACAAGCUUUCAAAGUUAAUAAACACGAUCAGGGGCAAGUUCUGUUGGAUAUAGUCUUCAAGCAUCUUGAUUUGACUGAGCGUGACUAUUUUGGUUUACAGUUGGUUGAUGAUUCCACAGAUAACCCAAGGUGGCUGGAUCCAAACAAACCAAUAAGAAAGCAGCUAAAGAGAGGAUCUCCUUACAGUUUGAACUUUAGAGUCAAAUUUUUUGUAAGUGACCCCAACAAGUUACAGGAAGAAUAUACAAGGUACCAGUAUUUUUUGCAAAUUAAACAAGACAUUCUUACUGGAAGAUUGCCUUGUCCGUGUAAUACUGCUGCCCUUUUGGCUUCAUUUGCUGUUCAGUCUGAACUUGGAGACUACAAUCAGUCAGAAAACUUGCCAGGCUACCUCUCAGAUUAUUCUUUCAUUCCUAAUCAACCUCAAGAUUUUGAAAAAGAAAUUGCAAAAUUACAUCAACAACAUACAGGCUUAUCUCCUGCAGAAGCAGAAUUUAAUUAUCUGAACACUGCACGUACCUUAGAACUCUAUGGAGUUGAAUUCCACUAUGCAAGGGAUCAAAGUAACAAUGAAAUUAUGAUUGGAGUGAUGUCAGGAGGAAUUCUGAUUUAUAAGAACAGGGUACGAAUGAAUACCUUUCCAUGGUUGAAGAUUGUAAAAAUUUCAUUUAAGUGCAAACAGUUUUUUAUUCAACUUAGAAAAGAAUUGCAUGAAUCUAGAGAAACAUUAUUGGGAUUUAACAUGGUGAAUUACAGAGCAUGCAAAAAUUUGUGGAAAGCAUGUGUAGAACAUCACACAUUCUUCCGUUUGGACAGACCACUUCCACCUCAAAAGAAUUUUUUUGCACAUUAUUUUACAUUAGGUUCAAAAUUCCGGUACUGGUCUGUGAUUCAUUUGGAAAUAAUAUGGUGUGAAGUAUGGAUUGAAGUUCUUUUUUUGCAUAUGGAUAUCCAGUUGUUUCAGCAAUAUUUGUUGAAAAGAUUACCCUCUUUCCACUACUACAGAUCCCCAAGUAAGCCCUUGGUGCGGAAAUUAAUGGAUUGGGAAGUAGUAAGCAGAAAUUCAAUAUCUGAUGACAGGUUAGAAACACAAAGCCUUCCAUCACGAUCUCCACCUGGAACUCCUAAUCAUCGAAAUUCUGCAUUCACACAAGAGGGAACCCGGCUACGACCGUCUUCAGUUGGUCAUCUGGUAGACCAUGUGGUUCACACUUCCCCGAGUGAAGUAUUUGUGAAUCACAGAUCUCCAUCUUCAACACAAGCUAAUAGCAUCGUUCUGGAAUCAUCAUCAUCACAAGAGACUCCUCUUGAUGGGCAGCCACCAGCUCUACCACCCAAACAAUCGAAGAAAAAUAGUUGGAACCAAAUUCAAUAUUCACAUUCUCAACAAGAUCUGGAAAACCAUAUUAAUGAAACGUUUGAUGUUCCAUCCUCCCCUGAAAAAUCUACUCCUAAUGGUGGUAUUCCACAUGAUAAUCUUGUUCUAAUCAGAAUGAAACCUGACGAAAAUGGAAGGUUUGGAUUCAACGUGAAGGGAGGAUAUGAUCAGAAGAUGCCUGUGAUCGUGUCCCGAGUAGCACCAGGAACACCUGCUGACCUCUGUGUCCCUCGAUUGAAUGAAGGGGACCAAGUUGUUCUGAUCAAUGGUCGGGACAUCGCUGAACAUACCCAUGAUCAGGUUGUCCUGUUUAUUAAAGCCAGCUGUGAGAGACAUUCUGGGGAACUCGUACUUCUGGUUCGACCUAAUGCUAUCUAUGAUGUAGCAGAAGAAAAGCUAGAAAAUGAGCCAGACUUCCAGUACAUUCCCGAGAAAGCCCCACUAGAUAAUGUCCAUCAGGACGACCAUUCCUUGCGUGAGUCAAUGAUCCAGCUAGCUGAGGGGCUUAUCACUGGAACAGUCCUGACACAAUUUGAUCAACUAUAUCGGAAAAAACCUGGAAUGACAAUGUCUUGUGCCAAAUUACCUCAGAACAUUUCCAAAAAUAGAUACAGAGAUAUUUCGCCUUAUGAUGCUACACGGGUCAUUUUAAAGGGUAAUGAAGACUAUAUCAAUGCAAAUUAUAUAAAUAUGGAAAUUCCUUCUUCUAGCAUUAUAAAUCAGUACAUUGCUUGUCAAGGGCCAUUACCACACACUUGUACAGAUUUUUGGCAGAUGACUUGGGAACAAGGCUCCUCCAUGGUUGUAAUGUUGACCACACAAGUUGAACGUGGCAGAGUUAAGUGUCACCAAUAUUGGCCAGAACCCACAGGAAGUUCAUCCUAUGGAUGCUACCAAGUCACCUGCCACUCAGAAGAAGGAAACACUGCAUAUAUCUUCAGGAAGAUAACACUAUUUAACCAAGAGAAAAAUGAGAGUCGUCAACUCACUCAGAUCCAGUACAUAGCCUGGCCUGACCAUGGGGUCCCUGAUGAUUCAAGUGACUUUCUGGAAUUUGUUUGUCAUGUACGAAGUAAGAGGGCUGGCAAGGAAGAACCUAUUGUUGUUCAUUGCAGUGCUGGGAUUGGAAGAACUGGGGUUCUUAUUACUAUGGAAACAGCCAUGUGUCUCAUUGAAUGCAAUCAACCAGUGUAUCCACUAGACAUUGUAAGAACAAUGAGAGAUCAACGAGCCAUGAUGAUCCAAACACCUAGUCAAUACAGAUUUGUAUGUGAAGCUAUUUUGAAAGUUUAUGAAGAAGGAUUUGUUAAACCCUUAACAACAUCAUCAAAUAAAUAAGAAAGCAAAAUAUCUGGGAUAUGUGUUGGAAACUGCUUUCCAUUAUAUUCACUGUGCCAUAAUACUGCUUGCAGGAAGUGGCGUCUAAACAAAACAAUGAAGAACUAACAAAAACUGAAAACUUCAGCACUGUUGCACUUUAUGUUUAAAAAAAGUCACUCUCUAAAACUUAUGAUUCAUGUGUUUGAAGACUGUUUCAUGCUUUGCUCCGAACAAAUAGUGAAUAACUGAGUACGUUCAGGGUAAUUUAUGAAAUUGUGUGGUGGUGCCAUGCAGUCCCCUUCUGGUAGAAUUGCCACAAACAAAGCUCAGAAUUAUCAUCAUCUCUAUUCUCCUCUUGAAUUCUGAAAGCAAAAAGAAGUAAACACCAGGAGUCAGCGCUGGUGUUUUCCAGUGAUUCAUGUACUUACUAUACUGAUGACCAGAUUUUAUUUUUUAAAUGUUAGCAAUAUCAUUUUCAAUAUUAGCCAGUACACUGCCUACGGAUGCAGCACAGCUUUCCCCAUGCCCCCUGUAGAGACCUGCUGUUCAUAAGAAGAAAGGUGGAAUUUGCUUUCCCAGGAAAUGCUGCACAUUGUCCAUUUACCAGCAUCUUAUAGAAAGUAUAAAUAUGAAUCUACAAAUUUUCUUGAAUUUAAUAAUGUAACUUAUAUUUAUCAUAAGGUUGGCUUAUUCCAAAUCAUGUGAUUUCACAUACUUGAUGUAAAGGAAUGCAUGCAUCGUGUCUUAACCCCUUAAGUGCCUUGAGACAUCUUUGUAUGUCUAAUAAAAAGGCACUCAUUUGACCCCAAUAGGAGGUAUGUAUGUAUAUUUGUACAUUUACAUUUUUAUGCAUUUUGAAUCAGUUCACAUUUUAAAAUAGCUUCUUGUAUUGAGACUUAUGCAGUCAAAGAAGGGUAAGGAAGUUCUGUUUCUUACUCAAUUCCUGUAUUUUGCCACAAGAAGCAAAGGUAAUUUUUGUUCUACUGAGCGCUCUGCUGCUAUGGAAUUGUUCAAAAUCUGCACAUUUCCUUUCCUGAGGGACAAGGGUUUCAAUUAGCAGCUCAAGUGAAAAGAUGCUUUUUUCUUCAAAUUUAAUAUUUAUUUUAUGCCUAACUUUGGAAGUAGUAUCUAUUAUACACAUUAAAGUUAAACAUAUUGAUACUCUAAGCUAAAGUUAGAGCAAUUAAUUGUGAUUUAUUUCUAUCACUAACUAAAUUAUUACUUCUCAGCAUUCAUUUCAGUUCGUAUCAAGCAUUGUUCACACUGGCCUAUUGGUUGGGAUACUUCAAACGAGGAAUGAAAUGUUAUUGACUUGUGUCUAAAUGUCAUCCCUCAAUAACCGAAAUGAGGGUCUUCUUGUCAUUUUUGUGUACAAUUAAAUUACUCCAGUUUAUAUGUAUUUACUAAGUUAUAAGCAUGUUAAUAUGGAGAGUUUUGAUUGUCCUGCCUGAUGGAGGAUUUGAUUCCCUUUGAGGAUGUGUAUGUUUUCCUCUUCAGGUUUUUUGGUUUUUUUUCAAGUCUAUGGAGAGAUAAAACUAAAAUAGCCCAAUUUUAAUAUAAGUGGAAAUUUGCUCACCUAAUGAAAUGUUAUAUUUCACAAUUAUUUUAUAUGGAUGUGGUUAAAGUAGAUUCAUUUGCUAGUGGUUUCUGAAUAUUUCAGUAUAGUCUUGAUAAAAUUUAGAGUUGACUGGUAGAUAUUUUGGAAUGCCAUUUAGUAUGAGGGGGGAAAUGUACAUUUUAAAAAUCUUUAAUGUAAUCUAAACGAUGUUAUUUCAAAUAUUCAAAAUCCAUAAUAAUAAAUUUUAGGAAGUUAAGUUCUAAACAGUAAUAGCCAAGAUACCAAAUAAAUUAUUGUAUUAAAAUAUUUUAAGUUCUUUGUAAAAGAGAAGAGUAAACAUGUCGAAGAAAAACUCUCUUAUCUAUUUCUGGAUUUUAUAGUCAAGACAGUAUAAAUUAGUAAAUAACUAUAGUUUUAUUUGAACAUUCCAUUCUCUACCAACAGAUAAAUGUAAUUUAGGCUCUAUAUGACAUGAGGAUAAGUUGAAAAGUGAAAAAGUAAAAUUAUGUUGGGGUCUACAUAAUUAAUAACUGUUAUGGCAGGUAUUUUUCACCUGAAUUAAAAGGAAAACUGUUCUAACUGUAUGGAUCGAAUAUGACAACCAUAGAUUUUUUUUUUAAAAGAUGCAGCUGCAUAGAUAUAAACAGAUAAAUGGUAUGGUUGGCAUGUUCUUCAAUUUAGGGCUUUGUUUACACUUCUAAGAUUAACUCUAAUAAUUUCUUGGCAACGAGCACUGCUGUCUUUUUUAACCAUUAAUGCCGGUCUUUAAAUGAUAAUAUAUUAGAAGUUUAGGAUUACAUUUAAAUUUCUCAUGUAUCAGUUUUUCAUCUGGGGUGUAUUCUCUGUCUGUAUUUUUAUGUACAGAAAAGAUCCUUUUUUAAAGGCAUAUUUAUUGGGAUCUUAAACUUAAAAUAAAUUAUCCUUCACAACUAUGCUAAUUAUGCUUCCCUGUUCACACAACAGAUAAGACUUUAUCCAUUACACCUAAGAAAUUUUUUUACCUGUUUAUCAGUCUGUUUAGGGUUCUAGGAAUCAUCCUAGCUUUCGUACACCAAGAAGUUCUAGAUUCCAUUCAUGUCAAUGUAAUAUUGCUUGAUAAAAAGGCUAGAUUUCUAGUAUCUAAACUACUCUUCCCCCUCCUCCAGCCAUCUAUCUAUCUAUCUAUCUAUAUAUCUAUAAAUGCUGACUGUUAUUCUCACAAGUGGAAAUAGAUGUUGGUGAAUCAAAGGGCUUUUGUAAAUGCUAAGAAAUAUUUGUGAAAACCUUUCCUCUGAUUUAUGAUGGUUUUACCAUGUUCAUUUCAAAUGUUUUAUUGAGCAUCUAAUUUGUGUCAGCACUGUAUACGUAGGAUGAGGACUAUUUUGGAAUAGACUUUCCAUUCACAAGAAGAAUUGGUAGUAGUUGUUAAACCAGUGUAUCCAUUCAAAAUAGAGGCAGAGUAACAGCAUAAGAAAUAAUUUCCUUUGGCCUGGUAGCACAAGUAAGAGGGGAGAAAGGGCUGAUCACUUGGAUUAAGAGUAAAGAGAAAAUUUAUAUGUAAAAGCUGGCUUCAAAUGUGUAAAGGUAAGUUAAGCCAUUAAGACAGUUGCUUGAAGGUUUCAAGUACUAAUAUAUACACAUAGAGAUACUUUUGUGUGUUUAUAUAUUUGUGUGUUUCAGAAAAGCUAAUGCUAACAAACAAAGGUAAAUGAUUAUUUUAACUAUAGAGUUGUUUAUUAUCUGUUAGCAGAUCUGAUCAGGUCUAAGCAGGUAUUUGAGCAAAAGUCUCCUGUCUCCACUAGAAGCACUAUACCUUGAGAGCUAAAAGGAACUUGAAAGAUUUUAUCUAAUCUCACCUUCUAUUAGUUUAGGCAACAUAUGUGGAUAUCAUAAAUUCUCAUGAUUUUUAUGUAUAUUUCAGCUCAAAAGUUAUACUCAGGCAGUGAUUUUACUUAAUAACUUUGAUGACCUUAGAAGAUGUCACUUAAGGUAGAAAAUAAGUAGGUUUUAAAAAGUGAUCCUAAUUGAGACCCCAACUCAGUUUGCUAGCCAUGCUUGCCUGAGAGAACAUAAGCUUUUGUAAGGUAUUUAGACUGGCAUACAUGCAGUGUAAAAACAUGCUAAAAUGCAAGUUAGAAGACUAAUGUUGAAAAGCACUUAAAACAUAGAACUAAGAUUUAGAAUAUAUGUCCACUUAAAAUCAAAUAACUUGUGUUCAUAAUGUGAACAUGUAGUAGAAUUAAAGCAUUACUUGUUUUAUAAUCUUUUCAGGAAGGGAGAAGAAAAUAAGAAUUUUUAACAAUGUUCCAGUAAAUACCUGUUUUUGGAAUAUUUAAAAUAUUCUGAUGGUAAGGUUGCCAAAGUAGUUUUGAAUUCAUAAAAAUUAUUUAUACCACAAUAAUGUGGGAUAUGUUUACAUCUCUUUUAUUUUGUAGUAAUUGUUUUGUAGUUCAGGUAAAUUUGCAUUUAAGCCACUUAGACUAACAAAUACAUUAUGGUAAAUAUUUGUUGGAAUAAACACCUGCUAAUAAUAUGACAAGACAAAGAUAAUUUAUGCGACAGCUUGCUUUUAUGUAAUCUGUCACAUCAACAAAGAAACUACAUUAACAUUUCUCACUUCCCACAUUUGCUUCAGCUAUCCAACCACAAUUUCUACGAUCAUUUUUGUGUGUGUUUCCUCUAAGUAAAAUAGCUAUGUUAUUAAAAUCCACUGGAUUAAUUUUAUCAAAUAUCAGAGUUACUGAUCUGUUGGCAGAGAUUUAUUGGUGUCUCAGUGUAAUUACAACAAAAGUCGUAGCAACUGUUUCAUAAAAUUUUUUGAGAAUUGUGUAGAGACAAAGGAAUUUACAUCAUAAAACAUUUUGAGUGCUAACUGCUUAAAGAUAAUUUCAGCAAUUUUAUAAAGAGCAUAUAAAAUUAAACUCAAUUGUAUUUUGGGGGGUUUAACUUGCUUUACAAUGUCUGCAACUAUUAUCCACACAAUUUUUUUAUUAUAUACAGACUUCAUUCUUAGUAGCAAUUACUACAAUACGCCUAUCAGUGUUGUCAAAAACAAGCCCUAUUUCAGCUAGAAAUUAGACAUUUUAUUUUUAUAAUCUUGGUGAAGUCAUCAUAGACACCAAAUUGUUAUUUCUGUUUCCAUAUCUAAAUUUGCUGCUAUUUAUAUGUAAAGUUUUCUAUGACAGUUUACUGUUGAUUUCUAAAGUUUUGUAGUCGUUUUUGGUUUAGUAAUUCAAGCUAAAUGGACAUCCAGAAGUGGUAUCUACUGGGAUGCAAUUCAUCAAUAUUGACUAGAUAUGGUUCAUUGCAUAAAUAAGUAAACAGAUUUUUUUUUUAAUUUACAAAGUGAAAGGUAUUAGCAAUAUUGCAGUUAAAGACUACACUUUUAGGAGGAAGUUCUAAUGUUUAACUUCCUGAAACCUUUAAGAUUUCAAAUACAAGAAUGAAAUGUUUGAAAGCCUUGUGGUCACAAAAGUUUCAGUUAAACACUAGAAUUUUCCUAUCUGUUGUGAUGUAAAUGAUAUAGAAAAAUAUUUUUCUAUGGACGAAAGACUGAAACUGUUAACUUCUUUUACUUCAUUGUUUAAAAAGGAAAAAAAUGAUAUUUGUAUGUCUUUCAUGCUGUAAAGAAAAUGAAUGUAUCUUUCAAUUAUUAGAAUUAUGACUUGAUUCUAAGGAUACUUUUGUUUAAAAAAAAUCAGUGAGGGAUUGACAAGAAGGAAAGGAAGAAUGUAUUCCACUUCAUUAUAAACAAGAACAAUCAUUGACACAUAUUUCAAAUAUAAUGUACAUUCUUUUUCAUUUUGCUUUGUUUUAGCUCUGGAAUAGGAAAUUUGAAGAAAAUGUGUGUGUACUGUUUUUAAGUGUAAUAUAACUGAAUUCUAGACUUCUCUGGAGUGUGGAAGGUUGGUUUUUGGCUGAUUGUGUUUACCGUGAAGGAAAGUUCUCACGUUUGGCACUAUGGCAGCCACAAAUGAGGAUUUUGUUGUUGAGCAUGUGAUUUGGUGAAGCCAGAAAACCGUGCCUAAGAUUCACCAGUAAAUAUGUGCAGAGGCCCCUGACAAAUAGCUCUGCCUCCUUAUUCUCAGUGUCUUAGAUAAGCCCAACUUCUACUUGUAGCAGUGGUAUCUUAUAUGUUUAGGGUCUGUUCCUUCAGUUGAAGAAAAACAACUGAAAAAAAAACCCUAUAUUUUAGACCAAAAUCUUUAUGUAUGAUUAAUUCCACAAUUUCUUAAAAAGUAGUAUUUGUUAUUUAUUAGUCAUUAAACUUGACUCGAUGGAGCCUUCAUUAUUUUGACACCUGAUUCUAGCCCUCCAACCUGUACAAACUCAUAACUUCCCUUUACAGUCGAGUCUUUGUGAAGUACCCUGGACAACUAACUAUAAGGGGAUAUCUCCCUUCAUUAACUUUUGGUAACAGUUGUUAAAAGAGUACUGUCAGCCCCCUCUCAUUCCUGGGAGUUUCCAAAAUUUAACAAAUACUAUUUAACUAAAUAAAAUGCCACAUUGCUAAAUGAAAUUAUCACCGUGAAGUCCACAAGGGGGCCCAGCCCUGCUUACAAUCUUAGAUCCAAAUAGGUGCUGAUUUGUGGUUUCCCCAAAUCCACUGUAGUCAAAAUUGAGCCCAUUUUACAUUUUAUUUUAAAAGCUUUUUGGUUUUUCCUCCUGACUUGUAGUGUCCCAGUUAUUUGCCCUCAUGGGCAAGAAAAUACCAGCCGAAUUCUGGGAUUCUCUGCUCCCCAUCUUUUCCCACGCUUCAGUGAGUUGACAAGAUUACUCAUUCUUUCUUGCAGUGUGUAGAGUAGGUCACGUUUCAAUGCUGAAAUUGAUUCCUUGAAUUUCAAAUAGUAGCACUUUAUUUCAUGCUUACUACUGACUUAAUUUAUACAUUUAAAAAUACCCUAUGAGUUUGUAAAUAUUGAAAAAGUUUAACGGAUUAGUAUGUAGAGCUCAUUUGAUUAGACCCAAGUUUGAAUACUUUACAUCAAGCUCUUGGUCAUUUGAUAUUGAAGGGUAACUUGUGUAAUUUUAGCUUUGCCACUUUUCUGUAAUUUAUUUAGUACAAUAAAGCUACCCAGUUGCUUGUAUGCUGCACUCUGAGUUCUCUCAGCUAGCUUCAACCAAGUUUGGUUUACUGUAAUCAUUUCUGCUUUGCGUUUUUGUACAUUACAUAAAUACUUGGAAAUCCAUUUGUUUUGUUUUAAGUUGUACCUAGGGGUUAAGUUAGUACUGCACCACAAGUACAUUGAAGGAGGCAAAGUCCUGACACUUCAGAUACAUGUCAAAGGGCAGGAUUUAAGAGACAAAAAACAGUUUAAGCUGUUUUCAUUUUCUAGCAUUAGAAUAUAUGUGCUUAGAAAGUUAAAACUGUCCAACCCAGUGUUCCUACAGCAUCAGGUCAUUGCAGUUACAAUCCAUAUUGUAGUCUUUUCAAAUAGGAAAAGCUAGUCUUUAUUUUCUACAGUGUAGGCUUAAUUUUAGGACAGAUAAGUUUACUAUAUACUCAUCUGUGAUACUUUGAAGUAGAGGUUUUAAAAAUAAUUUCUGUAUCGAGUGUUUUAAUUUGGGUUUUUUCUUAUAACAGGUGCUAUAUGUAAAUAUGAAGGGCAAAAAGUCACUUAGUCUAGUUUAUUUCCUAAUUAAAACAUAGUUUUACAUUUCUGCUGCCAUCUCACAUUUCAUUGUACUGAACUAGUAGCAAAUGGAAUUAGCCCCCUAAUUUUUCAAACUAACUCUUCCCCUUUUUCACAAAAAUAUAUCUCUUUUCAUAGGGCUUGUUCCCUAAUUAAGAAACAAAGAAGUGUAGGAUUCAUUUAAAAUGCGUAAGCUUGAAUUUGGUCAACACUGCAUAAUUUGAAAUCACUGUGCAUUUGUCACUGCACUUAGUAUAUGCUUGAAAGGCCUUGUGUAUUUAUUUGUUUUAAUAUCAGUGAAAAAUUAGAAUUCCUGCAAUUCAUGUAAACAAAAAUCUAAAUAUAGCAAACAGGAUAAAAAUGCUGAUUUGCAUUAAAACUGUUUUAGUACUAAGAGCAAUUUGUUAUGUGAAAUGCUAUCACGUGAUUUGUGGGCCAUAUUUCAAUUUGAUUGAGAAAUAGUUAUUCAGGUACAAACGUGAAAAAAACUAGUUGUGACCUUUAAUUGUUCAAUUGCUAAAUAAAGAUGUGAUUUAGUAAUUUAAA